CAAUCUUCCCAUAUCCAAAUUGCCGAUGGGCCACGACGACGAAGCGCUGCUGAGUGAGACGCGAGCCGCCGAGGCCGUGUGCGACAUCACGUCCGACGAAGGCCUCUUCGACGAAGCUGCCCGCGAGAGCUGCACGAUGGCGCUCUCCAAGUGCUCGGGCGACAUUGCUCUCACGCUUCCGACAAGCUCGGUCCCGCUAGCCAAGAAGAGCACGAAGCAGGGCACGCUUCACGGUGUGUACCUGCCCUGUCUCCAAACCCUCAUCGGUGUCGUCUACUUCUGCCGCAUGCCCUGGGUCACGAGCCAAGCGGGCGUGCCUCUCACGUGCUUUCUCUUCGUCAUGUGCCAGUCUGUGGGCUACUUGACGGCGCUCUCCAUCUGCGCACUUGUCACGAACGGCAAGAUCGCGGGUGGCGGCGUCUACUACUUGAUUUCGCGCACGAUUGGCAUUGAGACAGGUCUCUCGGUGGGCAUCCUCGUGUUUUGCGGGGCAUCGUUUGCGCUUGCUUUCAUGGUGCUGGGCGCCGUCGAGACGCUGGCCAACAUUUUUGAUACAAGCCAGUGGAUCGUGGCGGACCUUCGCCUCCAAGCGCUCAUCCUCUUGGGGAUUCUCGGCGCCAUUGCUGGCAUUGGCAUGAAGUACAUCGCCAUGGUCGGCUUUGCGUGCUUCCUCAUGGUGACGCUCUCGAUUGCAAGCUCGUUCCUCGGGCUUUUGGUCCUUGUUGGUAACCCCAACCCCAGCGAGGCGUCGACGCCAAUAGUUUGGUUUGGCAAUGUACAUACGAAUUUCACAAAAGACCCGACGACCGGCAUCAUGCCGACGGUGACCACCAUGAUCUCCGUGGUCUAUCCAGGCACGACGGGCUACAUGGCAGGGGCCAUGCGAUCUGGCGUCUUGGCGACACCGUCGCGGUCCAUUCCGCUGGGCACACUAGCGGCCAUGGUCACGGUGCUCGUCCUCAACUUGGCAUGUGUCAUCUCGGUCGGCAGUACGAUCCCCAAUCACGUCCUGAAAGCCGACAAGUUUAUUCUGUCGACGGUCGCGUGGCCGACGAAGCAGCUCAUCAACCUCGGCAUCUUCUUCAGUGCGAUUGGUGGCGCCCUGCAAAACCUCACGGGGCACCCGCGCAUGCUUGCGGCCAUGGCCAACGACAAUGUGAUUCCAUUUCUGCGGCCGUUUGCUGCCAAAGACGGCGACGAGCCAAGAAAAGCCGUGGGGUUGAUCCUCGCCCUGUCGUGUCUUCCGUGCAUUGCCGGCAAUCUGGACUUUUUAGCGCCGUUUCUGACCAUGUCGAGCCUCAUGCUCUGUGCGACGCUCAACUUUGCGUGCUUUUCGAUGGCGUUGGGCCACGCCCCAGGCUUUCGUCCCAAGUGGCACUAUUUCCACUGGUCGACCGCGCUGCUCGGUAGCAUGGGCAGCAUCGGCCUCAUGCUCUUCUUUUCGUGGACCAAAGCUAUCUUGGCCAUCCUUCUCUGUGUUCUUCUUCGACUCUACGUGCGCUGCCUUGGCUUCAAGAAGGACUGGGGCUCGUCCAUUCGGGGCAUGCACCUCGAACUCGCGUGCUGGCUCUUGCAGUGCCUCAACCAAGCCGACGAGGAAGAGCACACAAAGAACUGGCGGCCCCAGAUCCUCGUGUUUUGCAAAACCAACGGCCGCGGUCUCCCGUCGAGCACGCAACUGCUCGACUUUGCGAGCCAGCUCAAAGAAGGCCACGGGCUUGUCGAGGUCGUCAACUUGCUCGCAGGGAAGGACGACACGACGUACGACGUGGCGUCGCAAGCCACGCACCGCCUCCGAGCGCACUUGCUAAGCGCACACAUUGCUGGUUUCGGGCAUGUGUACGCCUGCAAGAGCAUUCUGAAGAGCAUGGGCACCGUCGCGGAGGCCUCGGGCAUGGGCCCGCUGCGCAGCAACACGGUGCUACUUGGUUGGCCCAAGGCGGCUGCGAGUCGAGACCAAGCGUUUCUCGAUGCUUAUGUCGAUAUGCUCCACGAGAUCAUCAACUGCAAGAAGGCUCUUCUCUUGGCCAAAGGCCUCGCUUCGUUUCCAUCCAACGACGACAGCCGGCGCGGCACGGUCGACAUUUGGUGGGUCCUUCACGACGGCGGGCUCCUCCUACUGAUCCCGUACCUUCUUCGCUUGCAUUUUGUGUGGCGCAAGACCAAGCUUCGGCUCUUCACGGUUGUCUCGAUGAAGGAAGAUGCUGGCGAGAUUGCGGCGCGCCUCGCCGACUUUUUAGAAGGCGCACGCAUCGAGGCAGAGGUCCACGUUGUGCCUUUGCAAAUGGCAACGAUCUCGUCGCUUCUCAUCAAGCGCACCAAGGACGAGUUGCGGAAGAAGAAGGAGGCGCUCGCUGCUAUGAAGGUGACGACCCUGUCAUUUACGAUCCGAGACGGCUACGAGCAGCUCGUCGACGACCUCAGCGACGUGGGCACAGCGAUCGAGGACGACGACGAGCGGUCCCGCGGCAAGCGGUUUGCUGCGUCACCGCCAGCGCCCUCGGCGGACACGCGCCUCGUGCACGCCCAGCUCAUGAAUCAGCACAUGCUCGAGCACUCGGGCGACGCGUCACUCGUGGUGGUGAACCUCCCACGCCUCAUUGGUGUUCCCGCAAGCAACUUUGUGACGUACGUCGAAGCGCUGACGCAGCACCUCUCGGCGGUGCUGCUCGUACGGGGCAGUGGCCGCGAAGUCGUGACUCUGAACGCGUAAUGUCCCUACGUCAACUCUCGCUCUACAUAAUUGAUGAGGCUAAUACAAAAACCCAAAUGCUUUCAUGGAAA